AUAUAUUGGCGUUUCAUUUAGGCCAGCAGAAUGGUCAAGGAUUUUUUUUCAGAUUGUUGAUUUUUUUGUAUUGUGCCGGCCAUGUUCAACCCUAAAAAAUCUCUGAAUGCGUCAUUUGCCGCGCGAAAGUCCAUGGGAAGAUUUUCGGCAGCUGCUGAGAAAUCGAACUUUUUAUCAGGCCAGGAGUUUUUCCUUUCUCUCUAUAACUGUCCACCCGAUGGCGAAAUUUCUAUCGAAGAGAUAGAAAAUUUAACGAGUGAAAGAAUCAAAUUACUGAGGCUAUUUGAAAUUGCUAAUAUGAAGUUUUCGAAGAAUACAACAGAGUGGACUGAUUUUAUUUUCAAGGAGCUGAAAGAUUUUGAAAAAGUGUUUGCAUUCAAAUUUGGAGACGAUGACAAUUACGCGAAGAUGUUGCGCAAUGAUAUAGUGUCACAUUACUUUAUUCGUCUGCCCUACUGUCGAACUGAUGAAUUGAGAAAGUGGCUGUUAGCUCAUGAGGUAGAUUUGUUCAAGUACAGAUUCAUGAGGCUCCAGAAUGACCCAGAUGGCAAGAAUAUAGUGUCCAAGUUUCUAGGCAAGAUUGACCUGAACUUGAAGGUCGUUUCAUCUGGGGAGAAAAAGUCACACGAGAAAUGGCUGAAGUUGUGUUUAGGAAGCCAGAGUUCUAACUUCGAAGCAAUUGAGUUCUACAAAGUUCACUUCACACAAGCACUAGAUCUGGUUCGCAGCAAACGGGCAUUCGUACAUUCUGGAUUUCUCUAUGUCCCUCAUACAGACCUCUCGUCAAUAGUCAUAACACAUUUUAGAGCCCAUUUAUCCCUCGAGUUAGCCCGAACGUCUCAGCGACUAUCUCUGAUGGAAGACGAACGUGUAACACCGAGAUUGGUGGCAAUUAGUAACCAAUAUCUGGGCAAGAAGUUCGGCCAAUCAGGAGGCGCUGUGUCAGUCGAACAGAUUGAACAACUUGUGACGUCAUCUUUCCCACUGUGCAUGUCUUCUGUUCAUUUUGCUCUGAAAGAGACGAAACAUGCUAAGCAUUGGGCUAGGUUGCAAUACGGACUGUUCCUGAAAGCUAUAGGGUUAAGCUCAGAUGACGCGCUGGUUUUCUGGAGAAAAUAUUUGACCAAAAAUGGAGACGCGGACUCAUUUGAUAAGAAGUACGCUUAUUUGUUCAGACACAUGUACGGAAAAGAGGGUAAAAAGACGAGUUAUUCCCCAUAUAGUUGUGUGAAAAUCCAAAAUGGAAGCCAGCCUGGUACGGCCGAUGAGUUUCACGGUUGUCCGUUUAAACAUAACCCGACAAAUGUUCUAACCGCAAAGUUGGACAAAAUGGGAUUACAUAAGACUGAAAUUAAUGACGUAAUGAGUUUCGUGUCGAGUAAAAAUUUUUGUAUGGCGUGCACGAAAGAGUUCGAGUAUAGGCAUCGUAUAACUGAAAAUGUGUUCACGGCUGUGACUCAUCCGAAUCAGUAUUACGAGGAGUCGAAUCGGUUCACGACUACAGGUAAUGUUUCUAACCGAAUGCGAGGUGUGCACCCGACUGAAGCGGUGGGUAUUGAUGAGCUGAAACAACUGAAAGAGGAACUGGAGUCGCAAUCGAUGACUCAAAAAAGUGGGAUGAGUUCUACAAUUCAGAGGACUCAAAGUGAGGGAAUGGAGCUGUCGCAAGAAGACUUGCAGUUUUUGAAUCAGAGUGCAGCCGAGUUUGACGACGAUUUUUGAGAUUUGACUAGGCGUGGAAAAUAUGCCUGUAUAGACUAUACGAAAUAACUUCCAUUUUUAUUUGCAAUUUGAAACUGGAUUAGUAGAGUUCGUUUGUUCAAGUGAUGAUAUUUUUAUUCUUUUGCUAAUUUGUGUGUUUUUGGUUUGAUGCUUUUGAAUCGUAAUUUGAUCUUUGUUAGUA